AUGGCGAUGCAAGUCACAGACGUGACCCAAGAGGAGCUGGAUGAGCCGACGGCCCUCUCAGGUGCACCGGCCCAGCCUGAGGCAUCGGCAAAAGAUGGCCUUGCCGAGGUCAACACAGAUGUGCAAGAUGCGGCUGAGACAAGUCGAGGCAUGAAGCGCUCGCAUGGGUUUCCGUGGGUAGCACGAAAGCUUCCGAGACUGUGGAAUCCAAUGCUGCGAGCCCCGCCGAGAUCGUUGAGUCCAAUGCUGGGAGACCCACCCAGAUCGUUGAAUCCAAUGCUGCGAGCCCCACCGAGAUCGUUGAAUCCAACGCCGCGAGGCCCACCGAGAUCGUUGAAUCCAAUGCCGCAAGCCCGACCCAGAUCGUGGAAUCCAACGCCGCGAGGCCCACCGAGAUCGUUGAAUCCAAUGCCGCAAGCCCGACCCAGAUCGUGGAAUCCAACGCCGCGAGGCCCACCGAGAUCGUUGAAUCCAAUGCCGCGGGCCCCACUUCGGGCCCAAGACGCUUCCAGAGACCCAAGGUGGCAGGACUGGGCCAACAGAUGGUAUGGGUCUUGCCCGAGCAAGCCCAGUGGCCGAAAUGCAACUGGGAAUCGGACCCGAGACGAUUCGAGAGACUCAAGAGAUUCCAGAGAUUCGAGAGACAGCUGGCAGAACGGAUGGCAAGGGUCCUGGGGCCCACAUGAAGCUUGGAAUCGAACUCGAGAUGAUUCAAGAGACUCCAGAGACUCAAGGGGCUCCAAGGAUUCUCGAGAUGACUGGCAUGGAUGGUGGGAGCCUUCGGGGAAUCACCAAGCUUGGUCCAGGGAUUCUGUGACUGCGUGGCAGAGGCCUGAGAACUCCUCGGCCGGAGGGGAGACGACUUGGGCGCUAAAGGAGCUCGCUGAGGUUCGGAAAAAGCUGGUUGCCGCCGAGGAAGCCUUGUGCCACGAGAAGAGUCUGCGCACCAACUUGCAGCAGAAGCAAGACCUCGAGGAGAAACAGGUGCAGGAGCUACAGGCAAGCUUGCAGGAGCAACAAGAGGAGCUAGCGUUGCUCAAGGACGCAGAGGCCAGCUGGCGGGAGCAGCAGUGUCUAGCUAAUGAGAAGCUACAGCAGCUGCAGGCUCAACUGAAGGCCGAGAAUGUUCGGCGGAUCCUUGCAGAGGAGCAGCUCGAGAAGUUGCGACCGCUCACAAGUUCUGUCAACCAUGGGGCAUUUUGGCAGUACGAGCUAGACGGUUGCUGGCACGCAUUCACACCUGAGGGCAGCGAGCAGAUGCACCGUGCCUAUGUGGCAUACCUCGCCGACGGCCAGAAGCGUGGCACUGCGACCAUAGUAGCUGGGGGUGUUGCGCGCCUGAUUGAUUUCAGGCGAAUGACCCAGCAGCAUGCCAUCACCAAAAAAGUGCGCAAUAUCCGCAUUCGCAUGGGGGUACCUGUUGAGUGGGAGAGUGGCCCAUCAGUUCUGCUGACGCAGAGCGACAACUCGGAAUCUUGCUAUGUGGAAGUGAAAGACCAACCUAUGCUCGAGUGGAUCAGACUCAUUCUCAUAAAGACAGGCCACUUUCGUGACAGGUCAAGUGCUUGCUUCUGCAUGCAGAAGGCGACAGUCAAGUCAGUCCAUCGCAUUGAGAACUUUCGGCUUUGGCAUCGUUAUCAGGCCAGGCUUGCUGCGAUGAGGGAGGACCAUGCGAAAUACAACGUCUCUGUGCAACAUACAGAUCUCGAGUUAGACUUUAGUACACGCUCGGGCGUGAUGACUUUUUCUCAAUCUUAUCUGAGCUGUGGGGAGCCCAUGGCCUCUGAUGUGCAAGAGAAGAUACUGUUGCAUGGUACCUCCUGGGAAAAUGCUGAUGCCAUCGUCAUGGACGGUUUCGAUCACAGGACCUGCGCUCGUGGUAUGUAUGGGGACGGCGUCUGCUUUGCGGGUGCUGCAUGCAAGUGCCACCAGUACACAUGCCAAACACACAGUGGCAAGGCGUGCUCGUGUAAACACGAGAGGACCUUGAUCAUUGCUCGUGUGGCGCUUGGUGAUGCUUACCAUGCAUCUCAAACCCGAAAAGGGGAACGUCGGCCUCCGAAGAGAGAUGGGGCAGCAGGUACACAUGGUUCUGUCGUUGUGAAUCCUGGGCGAGUCCAUGGGCAUCACAAUCCCAGUCAAAUUCACCAGGAGUUCGUCAUUUUUGAUCGAGAGCAAGCCUACCCGGCGUUCGUUGUCCAAUAUGUGCUGUAA